AUGAGGUUAUUGAUUGCGCGUGGGGUGGCAGAUAGAUGGAAAGGUCUUUGUUUGGACGGCGUGACACCGAGUUUUCACGCCACCCCCUUCCACCGCUAUAUUCUUGCAAACAACUGCACUAAAGCUUUAAAGCCUGGAAUGGAACGGUGCGAAUUGGUUCAUUCUAGAAUCAAAUUGUCUCAUCAUGGGGGUGCAUCUAUCAACAAAGGAGGGGAAAGGAUAAGCAAUAGAUUGUUGGGAAAGCAGCCGCAGAAAAGAAAGUAUUGGAAGGUGAAAUGGGGGAUGAUGGAGGCUACAAUAUUAGAAUGCAAUUCUCAUGAUUUUGAUAAGGGGUGUGGUGGGGUUGCUUCAUCAAAGAAAGAAAUAGUGCAAAUCAAGCAAGUUGGAAGAAGCAUUUGGGGCGGUUUGUGGGACUGCAGAGGAGGUUGGGAUGCUGACUAUUCUGAGUAG